AUGUUAACACGUUCUUCUGUUGCUAAAGAAUCUACUACAGAUCUUGAAAACUUAACACCAUAUUCACCUUCCAAAACUUUUCCGGAGGAUGAAAUUGUAGAACCUCCUAAAAAACGCGUUAGACGUAAAAAAGAUUCUAC